UAUUUGAAAUGUGCAGGUUUGUUGUUGCACUUGACAAGUGCACAACGCAAUUGUUUUUUUUCCUUGAUCUUGUUUUGUUGCAACACAUCCGUGAUACGUUGAGUGAGAAAUAGUUUCGAAUUUAUCUGUGAUUGAAAGAAAGAGAGAGGAACAGAAUGUCGGGGUUCCUCAGAAGAAGCAUUAUCAGCUGCUUAUUGAAGCCAGCAAAUAAAUCCGUGAUUAUUCAAUUCAAGAUGAUGUCGCUAGGCGGGUCGGCGUCGACCAGUCUGAACAAGACUGUGACUGCCAAGUACAUGAGCAUCCCUCAGCCCAAGGACAAGGUGCGGGUGCUCUACGUGUGGAUCGACGGGACCGGGGAAAACGUUCGCUGCAAGAAUAGGACCGUCGACUUCAUUCCAAAAGAUCCUUCUCAGUUGCCAACAUGGAAUUACGACGGAAGUUCGACUUACCAAGCGGAAGGAAGCAACUCGGACGUUUACUUGCACCCCGUCAGAAUCUACAAGGAUCCAUUCCUUCUGGGAGAUAAUAAAAUUGUCCUUUGUGACACUUACAAAUAUAACAAGAAGCCAACCGAAAGCAACAACCGAGCAGCAUGCCUGGAGACCAUGAACAAAGUGAAGCAACUGGAACCCUGGUUUGGCAUCGAGCAGGAAUACACACUGUUGGACAUUGACAGACAUCCCUUUGGCUGGCCCAAGAAUGGCUUCCCUGGCCCUCAGGGCCCCUAUUACUGCGGGGUUGGAGUGGACAAGGUUUACGGCCGAGACAUUGUCGAGUCCCACUACACUGCUUGUCUCUAUGCUGGGGUUCAGAUUUGUGGAACGAACGCAGAAGUCAUGCCAGCUCAGUGGGAAUUCCAAGUGGGACCCGGAGCGGGCAUCAAGGCAGCCGAUGACCUGUGGAUGGCUCGUUAUUUGCUGCAUCGGGUCGCUGAGGACUACGGGGUCAUCGUCACUUUCGACCCGAAGCCGAUGGAGGGCGACUGGAACGGCGCCGGGGCGCACACCAACUUCUCCACCAAGACCUGUGGAUGGCUCCCGAUGGAGGGCGACUGGAACGGCGCCGGGGCGCACACCAACUUCUCCACCAAGGCGAUGCGAGAAGACGGAGGCAUCACGGAAAUCGAAAAGGCGAUCGACAAGUUGUCGAGGCACCACGUGAGGCAUAUCAAGGCCUAUGACCCGAAGCAGGGCAAGGACAACGAGAGGCGCUUGACUGGCAGACACGAGACCUCGUCCAUCCACGACUUCUCUGCGGGUGUGGCAAACCGAGGUACAAGCAUCAGGAUUCCUCGAGGAGUCGCGGAGGAAAAGAAGGGCUACUUGGAAGAUCGUCGCCCGUCGUCCAACUGCGACCCGUACUCGGUUUGCGAAGUGCUCGUUCGCACUUGUUGUCUGGAAAACUAAACCAACAAGCUACCUCAACCAACUGAACGACGUUUCAACAUAUAAGCAGAAGGGGAAGAACGAAAUUUGAGACACCUUCAAUUGAUAUUCUACGAAAGAACAUCACGGUUGGAUCUGUUAAAUCAUACGAGAGGCGAUAUUAUUUGUUUCGGUACGAAAGCUGUGUGGGUCGAUCACCGCGGAAUUUGCUUCCUCGAAUGCACAGAAUGAAUUCAAGACACCUUUCCGAUGCCGAUGGAUCUUAUUUUGGAAAAUUCACUUCAGUUUUUUUCAAUGACUGAUUGGUUUUUUUGUUGCUCUGGAGUAUUUCACGGGAUUCCGAAUUUUCGUUCCCGGUGCUGAACAGUGACCCGAGUUUUGGUUUGUCUUUCAUGGGAAAUCUUCAUCACAAGUUUUUAAACUGGAGUGUAACUUAUUUCCCUUCUCCCGAAGUCCUCCUUGAUGGAAAACAGGGUUUCCUUCGUGCAUUCAUUCGAGAAAAAAUAAUCUGUUGUAAAUACGAGAAACUCUGUAUGCUUCGUAGAAUAUAGUGAUUAUUUGAAAAUUUGAAUAGGUUUCCUGCAAAUGUUUUACACUUGGUUCCGUGCGACGUUGAGGAUGGCCAAAGAUUCUCUGGUUCAGUUGAAAAAAGAUUUGUAAAAAAAUAAGACUGGAUUUAGCUAUGUG